AUGGCAUCCAAGCCAGAUCAAGACGCGAACCAAGAGAAUGCGCUCCCAGCAGCCCUCAUUGCGCAAGCUGAAGCUGCCAUAAUUGGCAGUACUGGGAGUAUUAGUGGAUCCAGGCGAACUUCCAGAGCAUCACAAAGAGCAAGCCAUGGCGGGGAAUCAUCAUCCAGGGCCCAUGGAACGCACCUCACAGUUCCACAGGACAGCGAAACCGAAGCCCCUCCAGCAUACGGCGAUAGCCACGAUCAGAUAGAGCUCAGCCAAGAUGGAUUUGACACAAAGGCAAAUGUCACGGACGACGGACGGAUAAACAUCAAUAUCAACCAAAAGACUCGCAAACUCUCAGAUCUGCUCGUUCCUGCGUUGAGGAACCAGCUAAAGCUAGUAGCACAGGAGGAGAAGGAUACACCACUUCCACCCGGAUACAUACCGCCGGCACUGGGAGGAUUGCCAGGUCAAACCCCACCUCCUCACCUCAAUAUCGUUAUACAUGUGGUUGGUUCGCGUGGAGAUGUGCAGCCGUUUGUGGCACUGGGCAAGACGCUGAAAGCUACAUAUGGCCAUCGAGUGCGCUUGGCAACGCAUCCUACCUUUCAGACUUUCGUUGAAGAAAAUGGACUUGAAUUUUUCAGUAUUGGAGGAGACCCUUCGGAACUCAUGGCAUUUAUGGUGAAAAAUCCGGGAUUGAUGCCUGGAUUUGACUCUUUGAAGAGUGGUGAUGUUGGAAAACGCCGAAAAGGCAUGGAGGAGAUUGUUUUGGGUUGCUGGAGGUCUUGUAUCGAAGCCGGCAAUGGCCUUGGAGCACCUACGCGCAAAGAUAAUGCGGAUGGUGGAUUCGACGCUGGAAUUAAUAUGGAUACCGAUCCUUCAGAUCGCCCUUUCAUUGCUGACGCUAUCAUUGCCAACCCUCCGAGCUUUGCGCAUGUCCAUAUUGCUGAAAAAAUGGGAAUACCUCUUCACAUGAUGUUCACUAUGCCAUGGUCCCCCACUCAAUCGUUCCCCCACCCUCUCGCAAACAUCCAAUCCUCCAAUGCCGAUGUAAGUAUGAAUAAUUUUGUAUCAUAUGCCUUGGUGGAGAUGAUGACCUGGCAAGGCCUCGGAGACGUGAUAAAUCGCUUCAGAGAACAUGCUCUUGGACUUGAACCAAUCAGUCUUAUCUGGGCUCCUGGAAUGCUAAGUCGUCUGCGGGUGCCUUAUACAUACUGCUGGUCACCAGCACUAAUCCCUAAACCAAAAGAUUGGGGACAAUACAUCUCUAUAUCCGGAUUUUAUUUCCUGUCGUUAGCUUCCUCAUACACACCAGAACCAGAACUCGCUGCCUUUCUUGCCGCUGGUCCUCCACCGGUUUAUAUUGGCUUUGGUUCAAUUGUGGUCGAUGAUCCGAAUGCCAUGACGAAAAUGAUCUUCGAGGCUGUUAAGAAGGCUGGUGUAAGAGCUCUGGUGUCUAAAGGCUGGGGAGGGUUGGGAGCUGAUGCCCUGGGCAUUCCGGAAGGCGUCUUUAUGCUUGGCAAUGUACCUCAUGACUGGCUCUUCCAGCACGUAUCGUGUGUUGUGCAUCAUGGAGGAGCUGGAACAACUGCUGCGGGUAUCGCCACUGGAAAGCCGACUGUCAUUGUACCAUUCUUUGGCGACCAGCCAUUUUGGGGAGCAAUGGUCGCCCGAGCUGGAGCAGGCCCACUUCCAAUCCCCUACAAGCAGCUUACUGCAGAUAAGUUAGCUGCGGCACUGUCUGAGGCCCUGAAGCCCGAAACUCUCGCAAAGGCGAAGGAGCUUGGUGCUCGUAUCAAAGAAGAGAAAGGCAAUGAAGUUGGUGCCAAGAGUUUCCACGACAUGCUUGGUGUCGAUAAUCUCAGAUGUUCUCUGGCUCCUAACAGAACAGCUGUAUGGCGGAUAAAGCGUACUCAGACUCGUCUCAGCGCCUUUGCUGCCAACGUUCUUGCAAAUGAAGGCCUUCUCGAUUUUGCUGAUUUAAAGCUAUAUCGACCGAAGGAGUAUGAGACAGACGACGGCCCUUGGGAUCCUAUCUCUGGAGGCGCUUCUGCCUUGCUCGGAACUAUUGGUAGCAUGACGAUGGGUAUGGCAGACUUCCCGAUUGAGAUUUUCAGAGCCGCUCGAUCCAAAAAAGAUGCUCGUCUUGCUCGUAAGGAGACAACGAAAGAUGGUCUUUCUGGAAGCGACACUAUUGAAACAUCCUCAAGAUCUCGGUCUCAGCUCGAUCUGGCCGCAGAAGAGGCGGUCGAGUCGCCCGCUGAACCUCUUUCACCUAGAGUCUCAACAUCGACACUAACCCUAAAAACUUCACACGAAAGCGCCGAGCGCUCAUCCAGUGAUACUGCAGGUACCGGUGAUACCUCACUGACUAGUAUGUCAACAGAGAGAGCCGGCCGUGGGAAUGCACUGAAAGAAGCCCUUCGGGGCACCUUAUCCCGGACGAGAUCUCAAUCUAGAGAAGGGGCUGCUCGAAUUGGGCGCUCUUUUUCAAAAGACCGUAGCUCUACAUCUCGUACCGCAUCUCCUGGGGGUGCACGUACUCCUAAGGAAUUCGAUACUAGUGCUUUGACGUUGGACAAUGCAGUUGGUGCUGGAAAAGGAGUUGCUCGAAUCGUGGGUGCUGGCUUGAAGUCGCCUAUGGAUUUCACCUUAGGAAUUGCGCGUGGUUUCCAUAACGCCCCGAAGCUUUACGGCGACGACACCGUCCGUCCACACGCGAAGGUCACAGAUUUUCAGAGUGGUGUCAGAGCCGCAACUAAGGAAUUCGGAUUCGGAUUUUAUGAUGGGAUUACGGGACUUGUUACGCAGCCGCUUAGGGGUGCAGAAAAGGAAGGAGCUGCGGGUCUUAUCAAAGGUAUUGGAAAAGGCAUUGGAGGUCUUAUCCUCAAGCCUGGUGCAGCUAUUUGGGCAGUCCCUGGAUACACGUUCAUGGGAGUUCACAAAGAGGUUCGCAAACUCUUUGGUAGCAGUGUUUUGAACUAUUGCAUUUCCGCACGAACGGCCCAAGGUUUCGAAGAGGCAAGCCGUGCAACGCCAGAAGAGCGACUGGACGUUAUAUAUCGGUGGACAACCCAUAAAGCAGAAUAUCAAAAUAUGAAGCAGAAAUUAUUUGAAACCGGUGGUCCUGAGGGUCAAGGUACCGGACAUCUCACCCCAAAAGGAUUCCUUCAAACUCGCCAUCUCUCUUUCGAAGAGAGGAAGAAGCUGCACGAGUUAAGGAGACUAAAGCGAGAAGAGGAACAGCAGAAUACGCACGGUGCUGGUGCUCACAAACACUGUCCUUUCUGUCGCCGAGACGAGCCGCACCUCCACACUCCCAGAGCGGUACAAGACACACCCAGUGUUCUCGAUGACCCAGACCGAAACGACGAAUUUGAGCACGCUAUUCAUGCCUCGGUGGCCGCCACCUCUCAUGGUAAUGUGGAGCAAGACAUGCUAAUCGAGCGAGCCAUCCGCGCUAGUAUAAAAGAGCUUCAGAGCACCGAGACGACACUCAGUGACGAGGAAGCACUAAGGCGCGCCAUCCAAGCUAGUGUAGUUGAAUCCGGACAUAAAUCUGGCUUUGAUGGAGCAGGUUCGUCUGUUGACUUUACGGAAGAAGAUGCAGAGCAUCAAACCCUCCUGGAGAAAGCGAUCCAGGAGAGCUUGAAGAGUUACUCACUUCCUGCUAGCCAACCACUUCAAGAUAUCGACACCGACGAUGACGAGGAAGUCAAACUAGCUCUGAAGAUGUCUCAAGAGCAGACUGGACCGAAACCUACCGAUAUUGACGAUGCUCUCAACGUCGCGAUACAGAAGUCGAAAGAAGAACACCUAAAGGAGAAGACCGAGGAAGAUAUCGUGUUGGCAUAUGUGAAGAAGCAGAGUAUGAAGGAGGCUGAACAUAAAUCUAAUAUUGCGGGGAAGCAGAAAGAAGUACCGGUAGUGGAAGAAGCUUCACAGAGUAAGGCAGAUGAAGAGGCGUUGAGACAGGCUAUCGAGAUGAGCUUGAAACACGCAGGCGGAGACGGGGCUUCUGGUUAUAGUUAG